UUCAGGGAGAAGCCUCUGUUGUCCCCGCCUUCCCGGGCUGCCGCAGUGAAAUUGGGCGCGUUUGCGCAGUGACGUUCCUUUUUUUUUGUUGGAAGUUCAAGUACACCCACCAAUAUGUCAGAUGAUAUUGAUUUCCACACUGGAGAUGCUGGGGCUUCUUCCACCUUCCCUAUGCAGUGCUCUGCCCUGCGUAAGAACGGGUUUGUGGUUCUGAAAUCGCGUCCCUGCAAAAUUGUUGAAAUGUCAACUUCCAAGACUGGCAAGCAUGGUCAUGCCAAGGUUCACCUUGUUGGUAUUGAUAUCUUCUCUGGUAAGAAGUAUGAAGAUAUCUGUCCAUCCACCCACAACAUGGAUGUUCCUAAUAUAAAAAGAAAUGACUACCAGCUUAUCGGUAUAACUGAAGGAUACCUGUCACUGCUGUGUGACAAUGGUGACGUUCGUGAUGACCUUAAGCUGCCAGACGGAGACCUGGGAAAGGAAAUAGAGGCUAGAUAUGAAGCGGGUGAUGAGAUAAUGAUCUCAGUUUUGCAAGCAAUGGAAGAAGAAUGUGCGGUAGCCAUCAAGGCCAUGACCAAAUAAACAGGGAUCCCAAGACUCGAGCAAUCUGCUCAGGUCAAGAUUAACCACAGAUCUUAAAUUUGGUUCUGAUUGUCACCAAAGCUAUGGCCUUCACAAAAACCUCAUUAUUUUUUUUAUUAUUUUUUUGUUUGCAAAUACUGCUGGAGUCUAAAUUUUGGUUAUGCAGUCUUAACUGGCAAAUUCCAAAAUCGCUGCAGUUUUAAACUUCAGUACUUAAGUUACCUUUAACAUACCUAAAGACAUUGAGUCCCAAUUAACAGAUCAAACACCUCUGCAGUGGAGUUCAGAAUCUGUUUUCUUGUGAUGCAUCCUUUAGAUGAAGCCUGUAAUGGCAAAAUGCAUCUAAAAGUGAUAAAGGUAAUUUUAGUGUUCAGACAGCUUUGUAUUCUGUUUAGGUUAACAAACAAAUCAAUUAUUUUGCAUGUCGGCAUUUGGAACUUCCAAAUGCGUUUUGCUUGGGACAUUUCAAAAAUAGUGAUUUAGGAUUGCCAGUUGAUGCAUCAUUUUCCUGCCCUCUUCCUUAGAAAGAACUAAUCCUGGUGGCCAUGUGCAAGUAAAUUGUAUUACCUCUGUGCUCUCCUGCCAACAUGUUGGCUUGUAUAUUGUAACUUUAUCAAAAUGGUGUCAAAGCCUGCCCACAGGCACAUGGGUAUGUUGGGUGAUUCUACACAGCAGGCAUACAUGGCACAAAAUGAGGAUUAGAGUUGUAAAUGCUACAGAUUUUCACUCGAGGCCUUUGUCAUCCGACUGAAAAAAUAAAUAAAGAAAAUGCAGUUCAGUUGCUCUUUUUCUUUUAUUGUAUUUAUCUUGAAAUAUUAAAGUAAAGACCUUCCCAGGAAUUGAUUUGCAGUGCUUCCAGUGUGAUUUCUUUUAAAUAUUGGGAAUCUACUUUUUUUUUGUAGCACAAAUAUGGAUACUGGAAAUUGGAUCUUGCCUGGCUAAAAACUGGCACUAAUGGGAAUCCUGUCUAAUACCGAAUUGCCAAUUUCAGAAUGUCAUGCUUGUUUAUGGAUCUGUUUUAUUUUUUUCAUCAGUAUGAAUUUGCAACUCUAAACUAGUAGCAUCUGAGCUCCUGGUUGUCGUGUAGACAUCAUGAAUCAUUGCGCAAACCUGAAUUGUUACUCUCCCUCCCCCCCUUGGACUAACUAUGUAUAUAAAGAUUGUCUUGUGCCUCCUUUUCUUGUCUUACCUGUCUUACAUUAUACACACUUUGUCUCAAUGGCAAGUUAUUUACAGGAUCUUUCUGUAUUCCAUUAUGUAAAUCUGGUGUUGAGGUGCACCCAAAACUUUAAAGGGUUUCCAAUUUAUUGCUCGGUACUGCAGAAGUAAUUAAAGCUUACAGAAUACACUUGAAAUGCAGAGGGGUAAAAUGCACUACUGGGAUGCUGGCUAAACUACACAAGUCAAACUUGUUGCCCUUUUCAGGAAUUCCCUUUAACAAAUCUGUGUAAUGCAGACCCGCAAUGCAUCUCAUUGGUGUUAACACUAUGGGCCUAUAUCAAUGUCUGAACUUCUUAAUUCGAAUUUGUAAAAUAAAGAUUUGAUUAUUGGGCAAUUCA